CAAAAUAUUUGAGCAUUCGUAAAUAAUCGUGAUUCUGUAACUUCUAAAUUUCUUACUCACUUUAGUCUUUAGAUAAUUUAUAUCGAGACAAUAUGCCAGCUUCCGAUCAGAAUAGUGUAGAGUUAGAGGAAAAGGUUGAGGAACUAAACAACAAAUUAAAGACGGGUGGCUUUACUGGCUCGUAUGACAUCGCAAAUUCAACUCUGCGGUUGCUGAGGAAAGUGAUUGCAGGAAGCAAGUGGAACAAUGCUCGAGAACUUAUGGAUAGAGUCAAAUCGGUAGGAAAGUUAAUUGUAGCAUCACAAAGGUCAGAGACAUCUGUUGGCAACAUGGUACGAAGAGUAUUGAAGUUGAUUAGAGAAGAAUAUGCAAGGUGUAGAGGUAACCCGGAAGGUGGUGAUGUCCAAUCGGAAAGUCUUCAUAGAAUGUUCACGGAUAACGCAAAGACGGAAGAUUACAGUGUACCUAUUUUGAAUGUAGAUUUUAAGGCUGUGGUGAUCGAAGCAGUAAACGAAAUCUUGAUCGAGUUGGAGAACAGUGCUGACAACAUCGCGAUGCAGGCGUUGGAACACAUACACUCCGACGAGGUGAUCAUGACGGCCGGCCGUUCAAGAACCGUUGAGAAGUUCCUCAAGCAAGCAGCUCGCAAGCGCAGAUUCCAGGUCAUCGUCGUCGAGUGUGCGCCGUUCUAUCACGGUCAGGAGCUGGCGUGGAGCCUGGCUGAUGCACAGAUUGAUACCACAGUGAUCACGGACUCCGCCGUUUUUGCAAUCAUGUCACGGGUGAACAAGGUGAUCAUCGGAACUCACUCAGUGAUGGCAAACGGCGGAUUGAAGAGCAUAAACGGAAGUCACACCAUCGCAUUGGCUGCGAAGUAUCACUCGGUCCCUAUGAUAGUGUGUGCGUCGAUGUUCAAGCUGUCACCGGUUUACCUCUGCUCCAGCGACCAGGCCGCCUUCAACAAGUUUGUAUCUCCGCACAGCGUACUAGACUUUGCUGACGAGGAGGGAAUGCCCCAUCUUACGUCUACAGACUGCUGAGUGAACUCUAUCACCCGGAUGACCAGGAUUUGUAGCGGAGAAGAGAUUUACAUGUAGAUAUAAGUCAAUUAUCGAAGAUAUGAAUAUAAUAUCAAGAGAUCUGUUGAAACACAAGUUACCUGUGUGUAUUGUUUGUUUUAUCGUUAUUUAAUAUUACAAGCAUUAUGUACGCCAUUCACAUUGCAUCAAUGUCUAUAUAUCCAAACACUAGUCAACACUAGAUGACGUUCACGUAGGAUUUCUU